AUGAACCACCGAAUUCAUAUUCAGUGUUCGAAUGCUGGUGUAGUGUUUGAAUCUCCAGAUUUGCAAAAAUGGUUAAUGUUGACUACGUUUGUAAGUGAUCUCAGUUAUUCUUCACGCUGUUCUCGAGUUCUAUUUACUUAUAACCGUCGUUGCCUAGUUACCGCUCGUUGGACAUGUUGCGAUUUGCUGCCAUAUCGGCGUGUCUCCAAGGUGUUUGCUUCAUCAAUUUUACAAAUUAUACUUUUCAACGCUACCUGGUUAGUUGUACAUCAUCAGGCUGAAAAGUAUCCACAUAUUCUGGAGUCAUCUGUGCCAUGUACUGAUUUGGGACUUUUCACUUACCUCCCAAGUGCGCAGUCACCAAUAACUUCCUACCUGCUUGAGGUUCUUGCGAUGGUCGUACAAUCAGUGUUACCUUACAUAGGUGAUAUAAAAAUUCGAAACAUCUCGUCAGAGCAUUUGCAUACUCAGUGAAGUGACCAUAUCGCAUGAAAAUCUUUGGCAGCUGCGACUGAAGAAAUAUUGGCAUUUCAUUGACGUAGAAAAGAAAAAAUAGUUGGCCGAAGAUAUUGCCUUGGGCUACCUCAAAUUUUACUCGCUUCCAUUCAAUGGGCGUUGUAAGUUAGAAGUUACAGCAAGAUCUUUGUAAUUAGUUUUGUUAC